UUGGUGAUGGUCAGCCGCCAUUUUGCGUUGCGUUUAUCGUUUGCGUUGUAACAUUGUGGAUUUAACUUUAAGUUUUUUAACAUCUGUGAUAGCUUAGUUAAGUUAUCUAAUAUAAGUGUGAAAGUCUAUUUAUUUAUUUAAUUGUUAUUGUGUUUGUGUUGUUCUAACCAUGGGUAGGAAAAAGAAGAAGGCAUCUAAACCUUGGUGCUGGUAUUGUAACAGGGAAUUCGACGAUGAAAAAAUUCUGAUUCAGCAUCAAAAGGCAAAGCAUUUUAAAUGCCACAUAUGUCAUAAAAAGCUAUACACGGGCCCCGGACUGUCAAUACACUGCAUGCAGGUACACAAAGAAGCCAUAGACAAAGUUCCAAAUUCAUUACCAAAUAGGUCUAAUAUAGAAAUAGAGAUAUAUGGUAUGGAAGGUAUACCACCAGAAGAUAUCAAGGACCAUGAGAAGCAAAAAACAGGUGGUGGCAAAGGCUCUGACAGUGAGGAUGAUGAACCUGCAGCUAAAAAGAAGCCUACUCAAGCAUUGCUUGGUGCGGGGCCAUCCACAGUUAGUGCGGGCAUCCUGCCCACGCCCAUGGCUCAGUUGCCGCAGGGCAUGUAUCCCGGACAUGCAAUGUCUAUGAACCACAUGAUGCCUCAUUUCAUGCAAGCGCCUAGGAUGAUGAUGCCAGGCAUGAGGCCGCUGUUCCCCGCAGCCAGUGUGCCUACCUCAACUCCGAGCAAACCCACCUUCCCUGCAUACAGUAACGCGACGAUAAGCGCGCCGCCGACCACCUCCACGUCCGCGGUGGAGGCCAAGGAGAACGGCGAGGUGAAGGUGCCCGCCGCCAACGCCUGCCCCCUCGUCACCGCCACCGGCGCAGGCUCCAAGAUCGUGCACCCCCCGGAGGACGUCUCCCUCGAGGAGAUCCGCGCCCGGCUCGCCAAGUACCGCCCCAAGCCCAAGCCCGACACGCCGCACCCCGCGCCCACCUCCGUCGCCAGCCUCGUCGCCACCAGCCAGGCCGAGUGGUGCCAGGUGGCGGCGCACAUGUCCGCGGCGGUGGCGGCGGCGCGCCAGCAGGCGGCGCUGCGGCGGCCCGUCAUGCAGCAGGUGGUGGGCGUGCUGCCGCAGCAGCUGCAGCUGCAGCAGCUCCCCCAGCUGCAGCAGCUGCCCCAGCAACUGCAGCUCCAGCAGCUGCAGCAGCUGCCGCGCGUCGGCGUGCCCGUCUCCAUGCCGCCCGUCAUGCUGCCCAUGAUGCCGCAGUUCAACAUCAUGCGCCCCAUCCAGCCCGGUCAGUACAACGCUUACUAUAGCUACCACUAGACCUCCCCACCUCCCUCACCUCCCACCACCUCCCUCCACCACCCUCCACCUCCCACCGACAGGUACAUAAAUACACGUAGAACAUCUUACUUUUUAUAUGAACGUUUGCUACACAAUACAGGAAAUAAAACAAAACAAAAUUACUCAAAUCAUUAUGUAUGUGGAAAUAUCUGUACUGUAACUAUCUGUCUCGGUAGGAUUUGACGAUUGACCGCGGGCUUUUCGAAGUGACUAAAAACGAUGAAUUUGUGGAAAGUAAUGUUUGUUGAUAUUAUGUAAAAAUUGUUAAUUUAGUGUUUUUAUGAAUUUUGAACAUGUUAUGUGAUAUUUAGUUGUUGAAAGUUGUUUAUGUAAAUCAAUUGUGAGACAUUCAUUAUCUUAUUUACUGCGUAAUGCUUUAUGUUUGUUUCGUAAUAAUUCGUUCUACGUGUAUUUAUUAUAGGUGUUGAAUUUUUACAGUUUGAGUUUUAAAAGAAAUUGCUAUGAUAUGAAAAGACAACUUUUAGAAUAACAAUAUCUUACGAUAAUUUAUGUAUUAAAUCUUACAAACUGUGAAAUUCUAAAAUUUAUCAAAUUGUUACAUACAUUUUAUAUCACUUUAAAAAACAGUGUAAAUACAGUGUUACAAAAGACUGUGUUAGGACAUGUUUAAAUUACAACCUUCUUUUUAAAACUGAAAUCUUUUCCUUUCAUACCUUUACCGUGAAGCGAUACAGUUUUAACUGACCAGUUCAAUUCUUUUUGUUCAGUUAAUUGUUACAAUGGAGUAUCUGAGGAUUUUAUUUUCCACUAUAAACAUGUACAAAAACGUGAUUUUCUUAUAAAAACAUGAAUUAUUUGUUUUUUUUUGUACAUGUAUUUCGAUAGUUAAGUUAUAAUUAAGUUACAUUGAUGUAAGUUAAGAUAAUAUUGUAUUAUAUAAAUGUUUAGUGCAUAAAAUUGAUAUGUAAAAUGUAUUAGGAUAUCUCCAUAUGUUUAAUUUAGUAUUUUGUGUGAAGGCACUAUUGUAUAAUAUAGGAAUAUUGGACUAAGACUGCGGAAGCAUUCCCAUGUUAUUGAUGUUUUUACUUAUUGUAAUUAUGUGAGACGUCUGCUCCAAGUGAGUGCAACACAACAUAGAUAUAUCUCUAGAUGGAGCAUUUGCACAAAAAUAAGCCAUUUUAGGCUUGCACAGAUUUAAGUGAUAAUCUUUCUAAGUUUUCUCAAUAGAAUACAAGGUUUGUUAUUUUUAUUACCUACUUUCUAGUAAAGUUGAAUAAAAUUUGUUGUGACAUUUUAAAAAACCCUAAUUAGUAGUUUUGUAACAACAAUAAAACAAUGUUUUCUGUUAAAUGACUUUUGAAAAUGUUUAAUUGUGACAAUUGUCUGAGAUGCACCAUCUAUAGAUGUGACAUCUGCGUGCGGCGUACAACAUUGUGUCCCUCAGUUCAGUAUAACUCUUCACAUUCCAGUUCGCGAGCUGGUUUGAGAACAUUGUGUGUGCCACGAGGUUUGAUUAUAUUUUAUUCACAUAUUCACUUUAAAACAUUAGAUUUUACAUUUGUUCUUUUAUAUAUAUGAUUUUUAUGACAUUAAUUUUUCUAUAUUCCAUUUCUUAAAUGAGGUUUGACGUGUUUAUGGAUACUUCAAUACCCAACGGUGAUCGGCCGCAAUAAAGUUUGUAGUGUACGGCAGGAGUCUGAUUUAGAGGUUAACAUAAGAUUUGUCACAUUUGCAGUGGUUAUUUUUUAGUUAGUAUUUGGGUAAUGGCGAUAUUUUGUAAUUUAGAUGUAUUUUGAUCAGAUUUACACGACCUUUUCUUUAUUUUGUACUCAAUGUUAUUCGUCAAGAUGCGGCGUGGAAAAUGGAUCGGGUCGAUGUCAAUGUUUUGUUUUUUAUUUUGUAAUAAAAUGCUGAUACUUAG